AUGGGUCUCGUCGCCAGCCGUCAAAUGGUCCAAAACGAAGUGGAUUCCCGCGCCGCCGUCUUAUUCCAAGGUCCAAGGAGUUGCUGCAUUUCAGCUGGAGUUCUUCAGUGCGUAGUGGAUUCCCGCGUCGCCGUCCCAUUCCAGGAUCCAGGGAGUUGCUGCACUUCAGUUGGGGUUCAUCAAUGUGUCGGCGAUAGCGUCGUCAUUGCUUUGGAGUCACCAGGGUCGUCGCUUCUGUGGGUCGUCUCGCCAGGGAAAGGAGGCAUCUUUUGGACGCCGGGCCAAGAUGCUUUGCUUUGGGCCGACGCUCGCAAAUGUCCAUGGAAUUGGAUGCAGAAAAUUGGAUUAGGUCCAAUUCGUCCAGGAUUUUUCAUUUUUGUCCGGUGGGAUUUGGGAAGGAAUGCAUUGCCUUGGAUUUAUAAAGAGCAUCGUCGGAGGUUCGUAUUUGUCAGUGAGUUUGUAAAUGCAUUUAGUUUUCUGUUGUUGUUAGUUUAUUUUGCUCUUUUUCAGGGAUAUUGUCAGUAUGUCGUUGCUACCAAGAAAAGGUGGAAUUUAAGGGUCAAGAUUUUGACCUUUUGUCGGGUCAACAGCGCCGCACUUGGAAUUCGUGCCGAAAUCGUCGUUUUUCAUUUCGCCGAGUCGGGAAAUGGGAUUUUGUUUGUAUGCCGUUGCUGCCAGAAAAAAGUCGAUUUCAAGGGUCGCGAAAUUGACCUUUUGCCGGGUCAGCAGCGGCGCACCUAGGGUUAAGAAGGACGAGGGUGCACCCCAACAUGGAGACGGCAUCCAAACAUUAUAGGAUUUUUAUGUUUUAGGUGACAAAAGCUUCGUUUUUCGUUGCGCCUAGCAGGGAAGUAGUAGGUUGCGUAGUUUUAUGCUUUUAUUAAUAUGUUUUUCUUUUUCAGGGAUAUUGUCAGUGUUAUCGUUGCUACCAGAAAAAGUCGAAAUUCAAGGGUCACGAUUUUGACCUUUUGCCGGGUCGGCAGCGCCGCACCAAGGGUCAAUAAAAUCGAGGGGGCUUCCUGGAAUAGGGACGGCAUCAAAACAUUGUGGAUUUUUAUAUAUAUUAUUAUAUAUUGCUCUGUUUUAUGUUUUGAUUAAAGUAUUUCAAUCUUUAACGGA